UCCUGGCAGAAAGCGGUUGAGCCGAAAUUCGUUAAAAUCAAAAUACGAACCCUUGGAGAAAUAGGAAAAACACACAGCGGAAUUGCCGCCAAGUAACAAUGUUAAGUAUCUGCUAGAUACCAAUAGCUGCCGAGUGACAAGUGAUUGACAUCCCGUGAGGCAAUCAUCUGAAGCCGGAAACUGCCUUCGCGGACGAAUUCAAAAUGCGGUCGAGUGGAUUUUUAGUCCUGCCGCUGCUGCUCCUGCAAUUAAUUUUAAACUGCCGAAAAGCCCAAUCACUGCCCGAUAUCAUCAAGAUCGGCGGCCUCUUCCAUCCCGCCGAUGACCAUCAGGAGCUGGCCUUCCGCCAGGCGGUGGACCGCAUCAACGCCGACCGCUCCAUCCUGCCGCGCUCCAAGCUGGUGGCCCAAAUCGAGCGCAUCUCGCCCUUCGACAGCUUCCAUGCCGGGAAAAGGGUUUGUGGCUUACUGAACAUCGGAGUGGCAGCCAUAUUUGGGCCACAAUCCUCCCACACCGCCAGCCAUGUGCAGAGCAUUUGUGACAACAUGGAGAUUCCCCACUUGGAGAAUCGCUGGGACUACCGGCUGAGACGCGAAAGCUGCCUGGUGAACCUUUAUCCGCAUCCUAAUACGCUUUCCAAGGCUUACGUGGAUAUAGUGCGGCAUUGGGGCUGGAAGACUUUCACCAUUAUCUACGAGAACAAUGACGGCAUCGUGCGACUGCAGGAGCUGCUCAAGGCGCACGGGAUGACGCCCUUUCCCAUUACUGUGCGACAGCUAAGCGACAGCGGGGAUUACCGGCCUCUGCUGAAGCAGAUCAAGAACUCGGCGGAGGCGCACAUCGUGCUGGACUGCUCGACGGAACGGAUCCACGAGGUGCUGAAGCAGGCGCAGCAGAUCGGCAUGAUGAGCGAUUACCAUAGCUACCUGGUGACCUCGCUGGAUCUGCACACGGUGAAUCUCGAUGAGUUUCGCUACGGCGGCACUAAUAUCACCGGCUUCCGGCUGAUCAACGAGAAGAUUGUGUCGGACGUGGUGCGCCAGUGGAGCAUCGACGAGAAGGGUCUGCUGCGGUCCGCCAACCUGACCACCGUGCGCUCGGAAACUGCUCUCAUGUACGACGCAGUGCAUCUGUUCGCCAAGGCACUGCACGACCUGGACACUUCACAACAGAUCGACAUCCAUCCCAUCAGCUGCGAUGGUCAGAGCACCUGGCAGCACGGCUUCAGCCUGAUUAACUACAUGAAGAUCGUCGAGAUGAAGGGCCUGACGAAUGUGAUUAAGUUCGAUCACCAGGGCUUCCGCACAGACUUCAUGUUGGACAUUGUGGAGCUAACUCCGGCGGGCAUUCGCAAGAUUGGCACCUGGAACUCCACGCUGCCCGAUGGCAUCAACUUUACGCGCACCUUCAGUCAGAAGCAGCAGGAGAUCGAGGCUAAUCUGAAGAACAAGACGCUGGUGGUUACCACCAUAUUGAGUAAUCCCUACUGCAUGCGAAAGGAAUCGGCUAUUCCUCUAAGUGGCAAUGAUCAGUUUGAGGGCUAUGCGGUGGAUCUGAUCCAUGAGAUCUCCAAGUCACUCGGCUUCAACUACAAAAUACAACUAGUGCCCGAUGGCAGCUAUGGAAGUCUCAAUAAAUUGACAGGCGAAUGGAACGGCAUGAUCCGGGAGUUGCUGGAGCAGCGUGCCGAUCUGGCCAUUGCGGAUCUCACCAUCACCUUUGAGCGGGAACAGGCGGUAGACUUUACCACACCCUUCAUGAAUCUGGGAGUAUCCAUAUUGUACCGGAAGCCAAUUAAGCAGCCGCCCAACUUGUUCUCCUUCCUGUCUCCGCUAUCGUUGGACGUAUGGAUCUACAUGGCCACUGCGUACCUGGGUGUCUCAGUGCUACUCUUCAUCCUGGCUAAAUUCACACCCUAUGAAUGGCCUGCUUAUACGGAUGCCCAUGGCGAAAAGGUGGAGAGUCAGUUCACCCUGCUCAAUUGCAUGUGGUUUGCCAUUGGAUCGCUGAUGCAGCAAGGAUGUGACUUUUUGCCCAAGGCUCUAUCCACUCGCAUGGUGGCCGGCAUUUGGUGGUUCUUCACCCUGAUCAUGAUCUCCUCAUACACUGCAAAUCUGGCUGCCUUUUUGACAGUGGAGCGUAUGGACUCGCCCAUCGAAAGUGCCGAGGAUCUGGCCAAGCAAACGAGGAUCAAAUACGGCGCGUUGAAGGGCGGCAGCACGGCAGCUUUCUUUAGGGACUCAAAGAUCUCUACAUAUCAGCGCAUGUGGUCCUUCAUGGAAUCAGCUCGUCCUUCCGUCUUUACAGCCAGCAAUGGGGAAGGUGUGGAAAGGGUGGCCAAGGGAAAAGGAUCCUAUGCCUUUCUGAUGGAGUCCACCUCCAUUGAGUACGUGACCGAACGCAAUUGCGAGCUGACGCAAGUCGGUGGAAUGCUGGACACCAAGAGCUAUGGCAUAGCCACCCCACCGAAUUCCCCCUAUCGCACUGCCAUCAACAGCGUGAUACUCAAGCUGCAGGAGGAGGGCAAGCUGCAUAUCCUGAAAACCAAGUGGUGGAAGGAGAAGCGGGGCGGCGGCAAGUGUCGCGUGGAGACCUCCAAGUCCUCGUCGGCGGCUAAUGAACUGGGACUGGCCAAUGUGGGCGGCGUGUUUGUGGUCCUGAUGGGCGGCAUGGGCGUGGCCUGCGUCAUCGCCGUCUGCGAGUUCGUGUGGAAGUCACGCAAGGUGGCCGUGGAGGAGCGCCUCAGCGCGAUACUGAACGAAUGAGAAAAGUCGUAAU